UGCUAGUUGAAAGGUUGUCAAACUGCGAAGUUGUAUUUUGUAAUCGCAGGAAUUGAACGUUCCCUUUGUCGCAUUUAAUUAUAUUGUCUCAUCAAUUAUUAAGCAACUAUGAGCGACUCGACGUUUCUCGAUAUCGAUGAAUCUAUCCAAACAAGAAACUUGUUGAUACUGAACGAGGAAAGGGAUGGUGUAGAUCAUCAAAUAGGUGAACUGAUGAAACAAUACGAGCCAGCUUUGGUGUCCGUUAUACAGCCUGUUCCCGGUAUCUGUGUAAAGAUCAAAUCGACCAGUGAAGGGAAGGUUUUUAUAAACAUAUGUAUGUCAGACGAGAUCCCAGCUCCGCAGGAUAUAUCUGAUGAUAAAUUGUUCCAAGUUUUGGAUGAUCAUGAUUCUACUUAUAGUUUACCGAUGAGUAUCGGCGCCGAGAGAGUAGAGAAAGACAAAUCCGGUGUACCUUGCCCAACAUUUGAUGUCGUGAUAAAUACAGCUUACUUAACAAAAUGCCAACAAAAGCCGCAUUUUAUGGCGUUUACAAUAUUAUCUGUAUUAAACGGCGUGAUGGAGAAGUCCGGGAAAGAACUCGACAUGGAGAAUUAUACUAUCCUCAAAAAUCGAACGGUAGUAGGCAAACUACAGCAACAAAGGAUACGAGUUCGAGAGCGGAAGAUACCGCAACGUUGCGAACCGUUAAUCGAGGAGAUCCCGAAGUCUAAGAAAUCCGCAAGUAGGAAAGUAUGUUUACAGGAGAGCGAUAAAGCGGAGAGGGAGGUGGAUUAUGUAAUUUUAAGACAGCCACCGGAGGGACCAGUUGAACGUUUAAUCGCUUUAUUUAACAUGCCGAGAAACGUGUCGAUCGAGAACGUGGUGGUACUCAUCAACCCCGACCGCAUAAACGUUACAGAUGAGAAAACUUGUUGUUCACACGAUGUUUUACUUCCAUACAAUAUAAAGACUGACAGUGCAAAGGCCUAUUUGGACUACAGUCUUAAGGUGUUACGAAUAGAUAUAUUAGCGCGAUAAGGGAGACGCAGUCACUCCGACGGAGACGGGAUUGUACCUUGAGCGCGUUUUCCCCUCUCACA